AUGACAUCAAUUCUUGUUCCCACAUUAGCCGAAGAGCCAGCAUUGACCGACUACGGCCAAAUCACCAAGACCGACAAGAACACAAUGAAAACCCCUACCCCGGUUAUGGCACUCAUGGCCGGAGAGUCUGUCAUGGAACUCCUGGCUGAGGACUCUGUCAAGGAAUUGGUGGCCAAAACUACUGUCAUGACACUUACCGUCGAAGACUCUGGCAUGGAUUUCGACAAGGCUCAUGUCCGUGACCUCGGGUCCGAGGACCCUGGCUUGGAUUCUGACGAAGACUCUGACAUCCUCCUAUCCGAGGACUUUGACAACCUUGUGCUCGAAGACUCGGACAAGAACCGCACAACCGGAAAAUCUAACAUUGACAUCCGCAAGCGCUCUUUGGUCGUCAUUCCCGCGGGCUAUUUCAUCAUCGCCUCCAAUGGCGAGAUCAUGGAUCUCAUCACACACCCCGAGAUGUUGCUCGAUGAUGUCUUUCAGUAUUUCCCAGACUAUGAGCCACGGUUCAAGGGAGAAGCUCACUUGAAUCCCCUCCAUCGUUUUGUCUGUGAAGACACUUGUUUCUUGCGCAACUGGCUGUUUGUGCAGGACUUGCUCUCCAUGCGCUUUUGGGACCAGUUUGGCCGAACGAGGCACGCCAGUUCUUUGGAUAAAGAUACCGUUGGCGCGCUCGGGGAGAUCAUAAGCUUCUUUGCAUUUGCCACGAUUCCCUUCGACACACGACGUCUUCCCAACAACAACUGGAUCGGGAACUAUGGGCGCCUUCUUCGUCCCGAUUCGGACACUUUUCUGCGAGUGUGGGAGUUUUACGAUGGUCCACUUCGUUGUGAAAUAGGUGAUGCUUUGGCUGGACAAACCAUAAGCAACACUGCCAAGCACUUUGUGGCAAAGGUCUCCCUGGAUUACGAGUCACAACCGGCUGGUAACCCCGAGCGCAUAAACGCCACAGUCUGCUUCAAUUCUGGAGAUAACGUCCACCUUCGAGAGGUGCAAAGGUCCUGGAUGAACUUCAAGAACAAUGUCGAUAAGAGAUUGGCACAGCUGGGGCCGUCGAGUGAAUGCUGUGGCAAAAAGGAGGUGAAGGUGCCCACAGUUUUCCCCAAGGAAUACUUCCCAAGGGGGGAAAACAUUGAGCAUAACAUCAUCGAACCCCCUCGGAUCCGCCGCUAUUACUGGAACAACGAAACAGCUCCUCCACUGGUAAACCACGAUUGGUGGGACAUGGCAGCCCAUCAUUACAACUUUGUGACCGACGCCCAUGAGCGUUCGUGA